UGUCCUCCAUCGUGUGUGUAAUGAGGCAGAAGUGGGCGUCUCUCUGCAAACUCGGAUGCCCCCCAACUCUUCUGUCCUCUUGCAGAUUAGUCGCUCUCAACCAGAAGCACGUGCUUUGGUUCCGUCAGUCUCAUGCUAAAAUGGCAGAAGAGGCGAAGAAACUGGCAGCUUACUCCGCUGUGGAUAACCACGUUCAGAACAACCAGGUGGUUGGAGUGGGCAGUGGUUCAACCAUUGUGUUUGCGGUGGACAGGUUAGCGGAAAGAGUGCGCCAAGAAAAACUCAACAUUGUGUGUGUGCCCACCUCCUUCCAGGCUCGACAGCUGAUUCUGCAGCACAGCCUCACUCUUUCAGACCUGGACCGGCACCCGGAGUUGGACGUGGCGAUUGAUGGCGCAGAUGAGGUGGACACGGAGCUCACGUUGAUAAAAGGUGGCGGUGGCUGUCUGACGCAAGAGAAGAUCGUCGCCGGCUGUGCGAAACAUUUUGUCGUCAUCGCUGACUACAGAAAGGACUCCAAGGUUCUGGGCCAGCAGUGGAAGAAAGGAGUUCCCAUUGAAGUCAUUCCCAUGGCCUACGUUCCUGUUUCCAGGAUGAUAGUGAAGAAGUUCGGAGGGGAAGCCAGCUUAAGAAUGGCUGUCAGCAAAGCAGGUCCUGUAGUCACUGACAACAGUAAUUUCAUCCUGGACUGGAAGUUUGAGCAGGCGCAGGACUGGACGGAGGUCAACACUGCCAUCAAGAUGAUUCCUGGUGUGGUAGAGACUGGGCUCUUUGUGAACAUGGCUGAACGAGCGUAUUUCGGGAUGGAGGAUGGAAGUGUGCAGGUUCGGGAUGCUCUUAUCAACUGAGGUGUGCCACAUCCAAAAUAUAUUCUCUUUUCAUCGGUCCCAAUUUCUCUCACAAGUGCCGUCGUCACAGUUUGCGCUGCAAAAACUGUCCAUCUAACCAAGUUUUAAAAUCUUAUAUCCAGCCAAAAAGUCUUUUUGAUCUUGUUUUGAGACUGAUUUACUAAACAAGAACUGAUUGUGUAAGAAUAAU